UUUCAGACGGACCCAGAUGGCAUUUGACAGGGUUGCCCUCCUGAAGGCAUCUAAUACCUUGGCCAAGUGUACCAAGUGCUCAGCCCAUGAUGUAUAAUACUACAACUACAUCAUCAAGAGUUCUUGAAAUCAUCCCACCCAUUUCUAGACAUCACUAUUUUGAAGACUUUAAAAGGUGCAUCUAUCAUACUGAUACACUUCACUGCUACAUCAAGACCAUGAAAGGAAUGAAAAUUGAAAUGAGUGAAAAUAUGUAUGCAAAUUCAGAAGAUACUGAGUUCUACACCCGCAACCACAUGCUAGGAAAAGGGACCUCAGGAACAAACCGAGACUCUAAAACAGGGAGCAGAUGCUGCAUGCUGACUGCGGUGUGUUUGGGGGUGCUGUGUGCUGUCCUGCUGGUGGCCCUUUCGCUGCUGUGGUUCAAACUCAACACAGAAAUAGAUCAGUUACAGACAAGUUGUGAAGCGAAGGAAAAGAAUCUUGGAAUGCUUUCCCAGUUGGAUGGGUGGAGAUAUUUCCGCUCCAGUUUUUACUACGUUUCUACAGAGAAGAAAACCUGGAACGAAGCCAGACAGCACUGCAGAGAGAGAGGAGCAGACUUGGUGAUCAUUAACAGCGAAGAGGAACAGAAAUUCAUCGCUGAAAAUAUGGGCAUAGCUUGGAUUGGUCUGACUGACAUGGACUCAGAGGGGGUCUGGAAAUGGGUGGAUGGUUCAUCCCUCACCACUGGGUACUGGGGCAGUGGAGAACCUAACAGUAAAGGAGAUGAGGACUGUGUUGUAACUGGCUAUAAAUCUACUAAUGUAAAGAGCUGGAACGAUUAUUACUGUAAUAAUGUGGAAGUUUGUAUUUGCGAGCGAAAAAUUAAUUGGAUCUGAAUUUGAAUAACAGUGAAAAGUAAACAAGAGCUCUGUGCAUGUUUUUGAAUAUACAUGUGCCACUCCGACUCCUCCUUUUCAUAAUCAUUCACACUUGUGUUAAUAACCUCACCCUUUGUUUUCACUUAUGUCUUGUGUGAUAAAAAUUGCAGUUAAAUGUAUUAACUAUCCUUUACAUUAAAAAUGAGCCCUGAAAGA